GAAACAUGAAUAUGACAAAUUAUAGGACAGUUAAAAGUCACCAUUGGAGAAUAAAACCAAAUGGGGUUACGUGUAUUAUCACAUUUAGAUUAGAUCUAUGGUUUUAGCCUUUUUCUUUUUUUAAAAAAUAAAAUAAAAGAACAAAGAUCUAUGGUUUUGGCUCUGGAAUGAAGAAGAAACAGCUUAUAAAGAGGCUGGACUGAAGAGAUUGCAUAUAUAUAGAUACAUCACACCUCUCUAUCUAAGCUCUCUUCUCUGAAACAAUGGAGAAACCAUGUUGGGUUCGUACUUUGGUGGCUCAGCUAGCUCUCUGCUUCGGUCUCUACUGUGCAUUUCAACUGGGUAAUCCUCAAAACUCAGUUUACAUUCACAGAAGUGAGAUUAAACCUCUUGAUUUGUAUUUUAUAAGCGUUAGAGGAGGAUUUAGACCAGUAAAUCAACAGACCCAUCUUCUCAAACAGAUGGAGAAGGCAGUGAAGACAUACAAGGCAAGGUUUGUGGUGAAUGUUGGAGAAUUUGGGGAACAUGAUCCACUCUUGCAAAAUGCUUCUCAGCUGGUAUCCUCACCGAAAAUUCCCUGGUACACCACUAGAGUUUCAAAAUCACAUGAAGAAAGGGGUAACUUCUUAAAACAAGUCAAUUUAUCACAUGGGAGAACCUUAAACAUUAUUGGAUUGAAUACUGGGUUAUUGCAGAAUGUGCACCCGGGACCUUUGGAGGAGACAGAGGACAAUCAAUUACUCUGGCUGACAAGAACACUAGAAAAGACCAGUGGUAACUGGCGAAUUAUUGUUGGAUUCCAUCCAUUGGCUGACUGCAGAGAAGGGGAUGAGAAAAUGGAGACAAACCAUGCUUUUGAGACUCUUCAGCAGACUCUCAUCACAUUUGAAGUGAAUGCAUACAUAAGUGGGAAAGAUUGCUCCCAUCAAGGUAGCAUUGGUUACAUAGAGAAUCCAGGCUCAAUUGUCAAAGAACCUUUCCUCUCAUUAUCAAAUGGAAGGUCAGAAUCUACAAGAAAUUUAACACCGGUCGACGGGUUCCUGCUUCACAGAGUCAGCUCACUUGAGAUUGUUACUUAUUUUGUUAGUUCAGCUGGAGAAGUUGUGCACAGAAGUGUUCUCCAACAGAGGGGCAAAGAGGUCAUGUAGAUUCCCUACAUCUCUUCUAGCUCUUUACACUUAGAAGUUCCUUUCUUCUUCAAAUUUUGAUUGAAAUGUGUAAAUUAAUAUUUGGACCUAAAUUCCAUUUAUUUAUGAGCAAUCACCAUAACCCUUUUUUGUUAGCAGUUGUAAAAGCCAGUUUCUUUUUGUGUAGUUAUUUUAAAAAAUAAGAAAAUACUCAUGGGAGACAACCUUUAAGACUAUUUGAAGAAGUUUCAAACUGAUUUAAGAACUGAUAAUUUAGGUUAGCUGAGAAGAGAAGAGUAGAAUGGAACAUUGGUAAGUGGUAAGUUGUAAAAUUCAAUCUUUGUUGCUUGCUUACAGUUACUCUAGCUCUAGUUUUUGAGUGAAAUGUGAUUCCAUUAAGUGAUUCUAUGAAAAAGAAAAUUACAUGUCACAAAACAUAAGUAUAGGUUCCUUGCCUCUUAUUGAUAUCAUCAAGUAGUUCCAACUUUCAGUGCCUCAACUUCAACUUUCAGUGCAUUUCUCCUUCAAUUACAAGCCUUUGUUUUUUCUACUUCCUAGGCUAAGACUAGUUUCAUAAUAUUAUUAGCAUAACAAAAUCUUGUGUCACUGUCAAAUGGCAUUUCCCCCUCUUUUUAAUUACAAAUAAAAUUUUACCAAUGAAUAAAAAUACAAGUAUUUACAUAAUAUUCAUUAAUCAAAUUUUCAAUUAAUCCCCUUUCUCAUACUUCAGAGUUGAGACGUGAUAACCCAAAUUAUAUUUGCUAUUUACCAUUAUAACCCUCCAUAUUCUCCCCAGACCCAGAAAUAGCAAUAAGGGCAAAAGCGGAACAAAAGUGAUAAUUCAUUCAUGGGUAUAAAAUAAGCUCAGACCUCAUCGUUUCUCGGCAUCAUUAGUUUAAGAAUGAGGUUUUGCUCUCAAGUGGAUUCGGGUCGGGUCGUUCUCUGAAGAAUGGCCGCCUGUUUGCCUUGAUUGCAUGCAGAACCGAUGAUUUUUCCGUCGUCACGGCACAUCGAUGUACUCUCUCUUUCAAAAAAAAAAAAAAAAAAAAAACUCUCUCUCUUUCUCUCUCUAAAUAUACAUAUAGAUAGAUAGAUAUAAAUAUCGGUCUAUCUCCGGAGCUCAGAGGCGGUGAUGAUGUUUUGACGCUUGAAAAUCAGGCAACUGAGGGAAAGAUCCAGUUGCUUACCGGGUCGACCCGGCAUUGGUAGCGGCACUUUCUCUUUCGUUGUCUGGAAAGAAUGGUAAAUCUGAGCCUGU